UUUUUGGUACAUUUUUAGUCACUGGAUUUGAAGUGGUCUGUGUAUUUGUUGCAAUGUCGAAAAGAGCUGCGGAAGAUGGAGACCCCGGCGGGUCUUCAUUUCCGAGCCCAGUGCCGGCUGCCAAGUACCAGAAAAUUCAGUUCCAGCCCCUGAAUCUGGGCCCCAUUUCGACUCUUGAAGAGAUGGAUAACAAGACACUGCGGUUCCAGAACAAGAAACUCGCUCAGAAACUGGAGCAGAGGCAACGUUCUGAAGCCGUGUUACGCCAGAGAAUUGAGCAACUAGAAAAAAGGCAAACUCAAGACGAUGCUUUGCUCAAUGUUGUGAAUCGCUAUUGGAAUCAGUUGAACGAAGACAUCCGUAUAUUGUUGCAAAGGUUCGACUCUGAGGCCACCGACGAUGCCGAAGAAGACAAAGGGCCAGCAGGGUCGUUUUUAACCCAGUUGGCCACCUGGGAUUGCCAGGAACUGGAAAAGAAACUCGCGCAGCGAGUCCAAACGUCUCAACGAGCCGUGCACAAGGUCCUUCAAGCCUUUGACCACUUGCUCCAGCGACAAGAACGUCUCGGCGCUGCUCUUCGCGAUCUCACGUCCACCACCAGCACCGACGAAGACGAAGACGAGAAGGACAAUGACGAGAACGCCGCCGUCGAGAAGCCCGUCAAGGAACAGCCCGCAGUGAAGGACGAGAAUGAAGACGGAGAACAGAAGCCGGAGAAGGAGGAGAAGGGCGAGGAGGAGGAGAGGAAGGUCAAGAAGGAAGACGAGGAAGAGGAGAAGAAGGAUGACGAUAGUCGAUCUGAUGAUGAUGAGGCCCGGCGAAGACGCAAGAAGGAGAAGCUCAUGCGGCAGAUGAAGGAACAGCGGGAUCGCGACCGACGGAGGCGAAUGAUGUCCAAGCAACGUUCCCGAAAGGAGGGUGAAGAUGGUGAUGAAGCUGUCGACGAUACGGACAAAGAACGCCGCAAGAGCCGAGAACGUCGUGAGCGAGAGAAGGAACGCGACCGUCGACGCAAACGUUCGAGCCGGGCUGUCAAAUUCGACGAAGUUGUCAAAAAAGAAUUGGAAGAAUGUCAAGUGGAAGCCAAGAGACUGCACGACUUGAACGUUUCACUCCACGAAAAGCAUCACAUCAUGUCUCUGAAGUGGGCUGAAGUUCAAGAAAAGUUGUCUGCCGAAGAGACGAAUAACCUUGAGUUGAAGAAUCGCUUGGAGGAGUGGAUGUACGAGUGUACAAAUGUCCAAACCCGGUGUGACAAAUUGGAAACGCACUUGUCGGAAGCUUUAGAAAAGCUGAGGACUUACGAGCUGGAAAACGAGGAGAAACUCCGUCAGGAUCCCAAGUCUGGGACUUCCAGCGUGAAGAACAUUCCGAAUUUGUCUCAGAAGAAGGUGGAAGAGCUUCAGAGAGACGUGGAAGAGCAAAGAGAACUCGCGAGCAGUCGCCUAGCGGAACUGGAGAAGCUGCACCAGAGCCACAAGGAAGCCCUGCAGGAAGUCGAGUCUCUGAAAAUGGACAUCAAACACCUGCCGGAGUCCGUGAUUGUGGAAACUGUGGAGUACAAGUGUCUUCAAAGCCAGUAUUCCGUGUUGUACAAUGAAUCCGCCAAGAUGCAAAUGCAGUUGGAAGAAGCCCGGGCUCAGUUGAUGAACAUGAAGGCGGAGACGCUGCGGAACAUUGAGCAAAUGGAAAGCGAGGAGUUGAUUUGUCAAAAGAAAUUGAGAACUGAGAUGAUUGAGCUGGAGGACGUUGUGGCGCAGUUGAGGAAGGAGUACGAGAUGCUGAGGAUGCAGUUUGAGAAAAACCUGGUGACCCACGAACAAACUCAACCCAUCAAUCGAGAAAUGCGGAAUCUCAUACAGAGUCUUCAGACUCACAAUCAACAGCUUAAAGGGGAAGUUCUUCGGUACAAGAAGAAGGUUGUGGACCUCCAGUCGGACGUGGAGCGACUUCAAAAGGAAACUGAGAAACCAGCUCCAGUCAAACGUGAAGAAAAACCCGCCAACGAGCUCCAGCCGAAAAGCGAAAGCGAAUCCGACCGAGAAGACGUGAAACCCGACGUGACCAAAGAACCCAAGUCCGAAUCCACGAAGGAAGAGUCGUCGGAACCCGCAAAUGCAACAUCCGAACCCGUUCCCCCGAAAACCGAAGAGCAUGAGCAGAAAGAACCCACUGAGGAACCCGAAAAGCAAACCCCGACCCCGAAAAAGAAAUCCUCUUCCAAACAGAGUUCUCAGUCGUCGAAACAAGACCAGGAAACCAUCAGAGACCUCAAGUGCCAACUCAAGAAGGCGCAGAAUGAUCAGAAGGAAAUGAAGCUCCUGUUGGACAUGUACAAAGGAGCAGCGAAAGACCAGCGAGACAAAGUGCAGCUCAUGGCAGCCGAACGCAAGGCGAAAAACGAGAUUGAAGACCUCAAGCAACAGCUCAAGAAACUCCAGGAAGCGAAGCAAGACGAACGGAAGCGAAUGUCGGAAGAAGAAGCCUUGAAGAAGAUCUCGAAACUGGACGAAGAAAAGCGUCAGCUGACGAAAAACGUGGCGGCCAGCAAGGCGGAAAUCGAGGCCAUCAUCAACGAGAUGGAAGUCACUGGCCAAGCCUUUGAAGACAUGCAAGAGCAAAACGCGAGACUCAUUCAGCAAAUGCGUGAAAAGGACGACGCGAAUUUCAAACUGAUGGCCGACAGGAUCAAGUCGAACCAGAUCAACAAACUCGCUCGGGAAGAGAAACAGAUGUUGAAUGAACAAGUCAACAAUUUGAGUACUCAGUUGGAGGCCCAGGGGGAAGUGUUGAGGAAGCUGGAGGAGAAGGACAGGUUGCUGGCGACCCAGGUUGCAGGGCUGGAGAAGGAGUCGCAUGUGAGACAACAGGCGUUGGAAUUGCAUAGGAGGAAGGCCCUGGAGGCGGCUCAGGCGGCGGCGGACCUGAAGCUGCACUUGGAAAAGUACCACACGCAAGUCAAGGAAGCCCAACAAAUGUUGGCUGAGAAAACUGGUGCACUUGAGCAGGAAGCUUUCCGGUUGAAGCGAGCCCAAGAAGAAAUGGCGACGCUUAGAAGGAAGCUGGAGCGAGCAAAGAAACUCGAGCAGGCUGGAACUGCGGACGAGGUGUUGCUUGAAGAAAUCCGUGAAUACAGAGAACAACUCACUUGUCCCUCCUGUCAGGUGAAGAAGAAAGACGCUGUGUUGACAAAGUGCUUCCAUGUGUUCUGCUUUGAAUGCGUACGGACACGUUAUGAAACUCGGCAAAGGAAAUGUCCCAAGUGCAAUGCGGCGUUUGGAGCGAAUGAUUAUCACAGACUUUAUUUGUCUUGAAGUUGUUAAUUUCCGUUCUCCGAGUUGAGAAAUUGUGAAAACCUUUUUUUUUUUUUCUAUGAUAUCUCUCCCGAUUUUGUGCAUGCAAUUCGUAUUCCUUGUUUUUCUGUGAUCGGUGAUUGCAGAAAUUCAAUUGUUCUCUUUCGAUUUUGAGUUGUGGAUAUAUUGUAAUGAAGUUUAUUGAUACAUGCA